AUGCCUAACUUUACCUUGCCAUUUAUACUUUAUGCUGUGCUCAUGGGUUUCCAUAAAAAAACCCAUCAUCAUUUUGCUGCAUGUAACGCGAACUGCAAAAUUUAUCUGCAACUUCUAAGCAGAUUCUUGCUUCAAUUGGGUAUACAGGCUUUGUGAGUCUUCAUAUCAAGCUUUUGAAUUUCUCCGGACAGGACCUGCUUGUCUUCUGAACUUCUCUACCACCUUUUAUCAUUGCUGAUCAGUGACCAGAUUGGGAAUUGCAUUUGAAAAGGAAAAACCAGUGAUCUUAAAGAUGGAGUGCAGUAGACUUAAUAUGAGGGCCCGUUGCACUGGGUCAACACCAUCAGAGGAAUCGGCACUGGAUACUGAAAGGAACUGUUACAUUCAUCCUAGUCUGUCUUCAUUAAGUCCCCGAACUCUUCAACCUUUUGCUUCUGCUGGACAGCAUGGUGAGAGCAAUGCUGCUUACUUCUCUUGGCCUAGUUGUCGGUUAAAUGAUGCUGCUGAAGAGAGGGCAAACUACUUUGCAAAUCUGCAGAAAGGGGUUUUACCUGAAACUCUUGGUCAGUUACCAAAGGGGCAACGGGCAAACACAUUGCUUGAACUCAUGACCAUUAGGGCAUUUCAUAGCAAGAUCUUGCGAUGUUACAGUCUUGGAACAGCAAUUGGUUUCCGUAUUCAGCGAGGUGUUCUGACAGAUAUACCAGCCAUUCUUGUUUUUGUUUCCAGGAAAGUUCAUAAGCAGUGGCUCAGUCCCAUACAAUGUCUGCCUAAUGCCCUUGAGGGACCAGGAGGUGUGUGGUGUGAUGUUGAUGUGGUUGAGUUCUCAUAUUUCGGUGCACCUGAGCCAACUCCCAAGGAACAGUUAUACACUGAAAUUGUGGAUGAUUUGCGUGGGGGUGAUUUGUGCAUUGGUUCAGGUUCUCAGGUUGCAAGCCAGGAGACCUAUGGAACUUUGGGUGCUAUUGUGAGGAGUCAGACUGGCAGUAGACAAGUUGGUUUCCUAACAAAUAGGCAUGUGGCAGUUGACUUGGAUUACCCAAAUCAAAAAAUGUUUCAUCCUUUGCCCCCAACACUUGGACCUGGGGUAUAUCUUGGUGCAGUGGAGAGAGCUACUUCAUUUAUCACAGAUGAUCUUUGGUAUGGCAUUUUUGCUGGAAUAAACCCUGAGACAUUUGUAAGAGCAGAUGGGGCAUUUAUCCCAUUCGCAGAUGAUUUUGAUAUGUCCACUGUGACUACAUCUGUGAAAGGUGUAGGAGAGAUAGGGGAUGUUAAGAUUACAGAUUUGCAGUCUCCAAUCAGCAGCCUUAUUGGGAAGCAGGUGAUGAAGGUUGGAAGAAGUUCUGGCUUGACCACGGGAACUGUAUUGGCGUAUGCCCUUGAGUACAACGACGAGAAAGGCAUAUGCUUCUUGACAGAUUUUCUUGUUGUUGGUGAGAACCAGCAGACUUUCGAUCUUGAAGGAGAUAGUGGAAGCCUCAUCAUAAUGAAAGGUGAUAAUGGUGAGAAGCCACGGCCUAUCGGUAUCAUAUGGGGUGGUACUGCUAAUCGAGGCCGACUUAAGCUGAAAAUUGGCCAGCCUCCUGAAAAUUGGACUAGUGGAGUUGAUCUCGGGCGACUUCUCAAUCUCCUUGAACUUGAUCUCAUCAACACCAAUGAAGGGCUUAAAGCUGCAGUAAAAGAACAAAGAGCUGCAUCAGCAACAGUGAUCGGCUCCACGGUGGGAGACUCCUCAACUCCAGAUGGAAUGCUCCCAAAGGACAAAGAUGAAGACAAAUUUGAGUCGCUAGGUCUUCAAAUUGAGCAUAUCCCCUUGGAUUUGGAAGUAGAACACAGCAACCCUGAAAUGAACCCGCCACUUGCUGAAACUGAAUUUCAUUUGGAAGAUGGAAUCAAGGUGGUUCCUAGUAUUGAACAUCAAUUUAUACCAAGCUUCAUAAGACAGUCUCCACUGCACAGAAACAGCUCGUCAGAGAGGGCAGUAUCACAGAAUCUUGCUUCUCUAAAGAAUGGCUGCAAUGAAGAUGCAUGUGUUUCGUUGCAUUUGGGUGACAAUGAGGCCAAAAGGAGGCGGUCAAUUGCUUCGAGUAGUACCGAAGAACAAAAUGAAGUAAUGAACUGAGUUGUGGCUUGAACUUCAGUCAUUAGGUGAUUUUUCUGCCUUAGAAACACUGGUUAUACAUUAUGUUGUACUGGGUAAUUGCUGCUCAAGCAAAUGGGCAGUGACCCUACAAAUUCAGUGCUUUCCCUGCUGAAUGGUGAAUCAUGGUUCGGUUAAAAAUGUCAACUUUGCUUUAUCAUGGUUUCUGUUAAAUGUUAAGCUUUGGCAUGCAGGUUUGACUCUUUGAAAAAAUUUGACAUUUUUGAGGUUCAAA